AUCCAGGUUCACUUCCCUGAUGUUGAACGAGUGGAGUGGCUGAACAAGGUCCUUGUGCAGGCUUGGCCAUACUUCGGAACAAUUAUGGAAAAAACAUUUAAAGAAGUUCUUGAACCAAAAAUCAGAGCAAAGAGUGUACAUCUGAAAACAUGCACCUUUACCAAGAUCCACUUUGGCGAGAAGUGCCCUAGAAUUAAUGGAAUAAAAACCUACACCAAAGAAAUUGAUAGAAGACAGGUUACCCUGGACCUGCAGAUCUGUUACAUAGGGGACUGUGAGAUUCACAUGGACAUAUCGAAAUUUAAUCUUGGCGUGAAAGGUGUACAGUUGCAUGGGACGUUGCGGGUGAUCCUGGAACCUCUCCUAACCGAUGCGCCCUUUGUUGGAGCAGUGACCUUGUUUUUCAUGCAGAAACCGCAUUUGGAAAUCAACUGGGCAGGCAUGAGCAACCUUCUGGAUGUCCCAGGGAUUAAUGUGAUGUCAGACUCACUAAUUCAAGACUUCAUUGCUGCACGGCUGGUGCUACCCAACAGAAUCACAGUGCCCCUGAAAAAGAACAUGAACAUUGCCCACUUGAGGUUCCCUAUCCCCCAGGGAGUAAUAAGGGUUCAUCUGUUAGAAGCUGAAAACCUUGUCCAGAAAGACAAUUUCCUUGGUGCCAUCAGGGGGAAGUCUGAUCCAUACGCUCUCCUCCGCGUGGGCACCGUGCAGUAUCGAAGCAAGACAGUCUCCAGAGAUCUUAAUCCCAUUUGGAAUGAGACAUUUGAGUUUGUUGUUCAUGAAGUGCCUGGUCAGGACUUAGAAGUGGAUUUGUACGAUGAAGAUCCAGAUAAAGAUGACUUUAUGGGCAGCUUGCUGAUAAGCCUAGUGGAUGUAAUGAAUGACAGAACUGUUGAUGAGUGGUUCCCCUUAAGUAAGACGACAAGCGGACACUUGCAUUUAAAACUGGAGUGGCUUUCACUAGUAAACGACCAAGAAAAGCUGCAUGAGGAUAAGAAGGGUCUGUCUACAGCAAUUCUGAUUGUGUACUUGGACAGUGCCUUCAACCUCCCCAAAAACCACUUUGAGUAUUCGAAUGGUGAAUGUGGAACAAAGAAGAUAAAAAAUAACAAGUACCUCAAGAAGAUGGAACGAGAACCUUCCUCCUUUGUCCUGCUCACAGUUGGGAACAAGACUCAGAAGAGUAAGACCUGCAAUUUCAGCAAAGAUCCCAAGUGGGGCCAGGCUUUCACCUUCUUUGUCCACAGUGCUCAUUCCCAGUCACUCCACAUUGAGAUAAAAGACAAGGAGCGGGAUAGUGCCCUGGGAACUUCAGUGGUGUGUCUCUCCCACUUACUUAAGGACCCAAACAUGACUCUGGAUCAGAGAUUCCAGCUGGACCAUUCCAGUUCAGACAGCUUCAUUAAGAUGAAGCUUGUACUGCGGGCACUGGAUGUUGAAGAACCUGAUCCACAAAGAGUCAAGGCUGGUGUCAGUGCCUCGAAGCUAGGUCCCGUGCAUGUCACGGAGAAGGCUGGAAACCAGCAGAAGUUUUCCUCUCCACAAGUUUCAAAAGUACCUCCCAUGAGCAAAGACUCUGCAGCACUUGAAUCUCUGCCAAAAAAGGACAGUGGAGAAGACCUGGAUGCUAAAGACAGUUCAGGAGCCCCUGUACCAUGUGAAAUUGUGUCUGACCUUGAUGAAGCAGAGGGCAAGCAAAAUCCAGAGCCUGGCCUACCAUCAGCAUUGCCCAGCGGGGCAGUGGCCGUGCCCACACUGCCUGUCCUGCAGGAAAUGAGGGUGGCACCCAGUGUCACUUCACUGGGGUCCCUGCCUUCUUCCUGCUUUGAAUUAAGUAGCAGCAAUCUGGACAUUCAUAAUGGGACUGAGAUGCCUCUGGGGGAGAUCCAGCUGACCGUGCGCUACGCUUCCAUCCGGCAGAGCCUCGUCGUGCUGGUCAACGGCUGCAGAAACUUGGUACCCUCUUCCAAUCGUGGAGUCGAUCCAUAUGUUCGUAUAUACCUGCUUCCAGACAGAAGAUGGACAAGCAGGAAGAAGACUUCUGUUAAGAAAAAAACUCUGAACCCCCAAUAUGAUGAGAAGUUUGAAUUUUUCGAGUCUUUGGAAAAUGUCAAGAAAAGGACACUGGACAUUGCAGUGAAAAACAGCAGGCCAUUCAUUUCACAGGAGAGGAAGGAGCUGGGGAAAGUGCGCAUUGACUUGUCCCGGGAGGAUUUAAUAAAAGGUUUUGCCCAAUGGUAUGAGCUGACAAGGAGCAGACGCAAGAAAAUCUGAUUUCUUCUCAUGUACAUAAGUUACUAAUUUUUCUACUUCAUAUGGAUGUACAUAGCUCUUGUAAUUAACAUGUUUUGCACUGUCAUUGCUAAUUUGAAGCAGGCUCCAGCUCAGGACAUGCAAAUUUAAUGAUCCUAUUCAGGGAUUAGUUCUCACUGAAGUUAAACAUAUUUUCCCCCACACAGGGAAUAAUUUGUCCUUAAAGAAUAAGUCCUUUAUUUUUGCUAUUUCUG